UUUUUAGAUUUUGCAGUCAGUCGGUAGUCGUCUGCUUGACAAGUAAUCACACUAGCUUCCUUAAGGAUGGCAUCAAGUCAAAAAUCAGCUUAUGGAGACCAGAUCAAUGCAACAAAAUCAAAUUCUCAAUGUCCUAUAAAGAAUGCACAGCUUCAACAGAAUGAAAAUGAUGAAAUUAGUAAACUGUUACAAGAAUCUGUUGGUGAAGAUGGGGAUCAGAAUGACAGUUUUACACUAUUGAAAGAUUUGGAGGCUGGUUGCCUUACACUAGAAACUCUCCCUGCUGAAAUUCUGAUGCACAUUUUCCAGUUCCUUGAUGCCAAAGUCAUUGUUGAAGUUCUUGGAAAUGUUUGUGUUCGCUUUAAGGAUCUAUUCAGCAGAGAAACUUACUGGAAGACAAGAAUAAGUAAAAGAUGGCCAAAACAAUAUCCUCCAGUUUAUGAGGAAAAUUUUAACUGGAUUGAGGCAUGUGUAGAACGUGAGGAACAACACCGGAUUUGGAACAAGGCAAAGGAAACAUGUGCCCAUAUAUCCUACAAAGAGGAAAUAUAUGCCUCUGUGGACACUGUUCAUCUGAUGAAGGGAGGGAAACUUCUGGCUACUGGAUCACGAGACAGAUUCCUCAACUUGUUAGACUUGACCAAAUAUGAUGAAGAAGACCCUGCAGCAAGCAAGAAGUUAAUGAGCAUUGUCUCUAGUGACAAAAAACAUAAGGGAUGGAUUUGGUCACUGGCAUCCUAUGAUGAUACUUUGUGUUCAGGAUCCUGGGAUUGUUACAUUAAGAUGUGGGAUUUAAAUGCUGACUUGGCAGAAAUCAACAAGUUCAAGUGCAAGUCUGCUAUUCUUGGCCUCCAUGCAGAGCCCAAUUGGCUGGUGGGUGCUGGGUACAAUCAGUUUCUAUAUAUGAUCGACCCCCGAAAUGGAAGUGGAGAGAAAAAAAAGUUUCAUCGUAGUCCAGUGUUGUGUGUGGUUGCAGAUGAAAAAUAUGUAAUUAGCGGCAGUGAAGACAAAACCAUGGCAAUCUAUGAUAGAAGGGCUGGUCGUGUUUACAAAACUAUUCAGACAGACAGCUAUGCUAUGGGCCUGAGUUAUGGACACAACCAGCUGUGGAUGGGUGAUAAAGAAGGACAGGUACACCUGUUUGACACCACAUAUGGAAGUUUUGAGAAAGUUGAGUCCUAUGAUGUGGGCCACACUGGUAAGGUGACUUGUAUACAGUACUCAACUGGAGCACUAUUCACCUCCUCUACAGACAAAACAGUGAAAGUACUAGAGCCGACCAGGAACCCUGAUGUUAUCACAACACUAGACAGCCACACAGGCGAAGUGGCAAGGUUGUCAUAUCAAAAUGGAACUUUGGCCACUGCUGGAAGUGAUAGUACUGUUCAAGUGUGGAUACCAAAAACAAUUUAUGAGAGCUACCGCUGAUGAAGACAGAAUAAGGCAUCGUAGAUUCUGUAGAUUUUGAUGCUUUUCAAGCACGCUUCACUGAAGAUUAUUAUACCUAUACACCACAGAAAGCUAUCAGUAAGUAGUUCUAAUAACAUCAUAGCACAAAAAAGUAAAUAAGGUCGCUAUAGAAUGCAUAUUUUCAUUAGAAAAUUGAUGGGACCAUGGCAACUAUUUUGCUUGAGAUUUAGACCAAAUCUAUAACAUAUCUCAUUUUAUAUCAAGUUUUGUGAUGCUAAAUUUGAUUGUACUUUUGUACUGUAUUUAAAAAAGAAAAUAUCAAACCAGCUAGAGUGAAUUAUGACCUGUCUUGAAACUCAUUAUGGUCAUUAAUAAGUCCCACUUAGGUAAUAGGGGUAUAUAGUAAUCACUUUAUCUCCUGAGUGUGUGUAUCUGUGAUAACGUUUUGUACAAGAUUUCUCAUGAGUUCCUGAAAAGAUUUGGUUUAUAUUCACAUCAUAGCAUCAUACCACCAAGGUCUAUACCAGAUAAGAAUUUAUAAUCAUUUUACUAAAUGUUAAAGGCCAUCCUUGACCACUAUGAAAUAUUGUCUCAAGUUAUUAUUUGCAAAAAGAUACCACUGAGAAAAAGAAAAACAAGGUUCAUAAAUUAUGACAUUAAAUUUCAAUCAGGAACAGUGUCCCUAAAUCAACUGUCAGGAUUGUCAGAUUGUCAGGAGGUGAAAGAAAUGGGGUAAAAUCUUAAAAAAUACUAUUUCUCUCCAUAUUUGUU